AUGGCCGUGUUCACAUCUCCGAUCAAUAGCUAUCAGGCAAAGAUGGAACAGGGGACACUGGGUUUCCCUGUCACGGAGUUAUCGGCCAUUUUUGUUGAUGACCAGAUCAUUAUUUUUGCGACGAUGGAGCUUCCGACCAGCAGCUAUACCUUGUACCAUGUUUGUCAAGACGGGCCUGUCUCUGGUGACAGCCUCGGCUUGCAUGAAAUCUGUGGGAGUCACCUUCAGUCCAUGGGAACUCUGAAUCUUACACUGGGAAUCAUGAUGCCAUUGGGAUUCAUGUGCGCGAGAUAUCUGAAGGAGGUGGGCCCGAGGGCUGAUCCUCUGUGGUUCUACCCACACGUUUCGAUUCAAACAUCGGCAUAUCUGAUUGGCACAGCGGCUGGCGCAACUGGGAUCAUUCUGGGCAUCAAGUCUUCUGGGGUUCAGCAGUCUUGCCAUCUAGGAAUUGGGAUCACUCUGUUUUCUCUCGGGCUACUGCAGGCACUAAUAUUGCUUCUUCAACAUGCAUACUUCAAAACUGGUUGGAAGGAAAGCAAGUACAGAUAUACAUGGAAUAUGUUCCACCAUGUCACUGGAUACAUUAUACUGCUCCUGAGCUUUGCUAACAUAUGGGGAGGAUUCAAAGUUUUGAAGCCUGCAAAGGAGUGGAUGAUUGCUUAUGGUGCUGUGUUUGGAGGAUUGAUCCUUAGCAGCCUUCUGUUGGAAGCAUGGAAAAGGGUGAGAGGUGGAAAGAUUGAUCAUGGAGUUUGA